CACCAUUUUUUCUCAUUUUAAUUAUUCUUUUCACCAAAAAAAAAAAAAAAACCCAACACUAAUCAAACUCACUCUCUUCUCCUCAACUCUAAAUCUCCAAUCCUGGAAACUCAACGGUAACUCCAUUCUCUCUCCUCGACAAUUCCGACGAAAUGGCGGCGGCAUUAGAAUGCUGGUCCAGCAAAACCACCAUUGAAGAAGAUACUGUUGAGCAAGUCUUAAUGCGGUCCAAUGACAGAUCGGAAGGUGGUCUUUUAGAACCUACUACAGCUGCUAAAGACCCAUCUUCUUCUGUGAUGCAAAAACGAUUCCAACGGUUGAGUCGGAACGUUUCCGAGGCUAUCAACUCAUUGAAGAACUCACUUAAUCUUGACUCGCCGCGUGAUCCUCCUCCUUCUAAAAUCGACGGUCAUCGUAAGAUUGUUUGGGGCAGUGUUGUUCGUAGUCUUACUCAGCUUUAUCCGGGCAGCCAACUGCCCGAAAAGCUUGUUUCUAAUAUUCGUAAACAUUAUGAUUCAAUGCCUUUAAGUUAUGCUCAAGCUGGAUUUGAUAUGAAAGAUGUAUUUGUGCACAUAAGAUUAAUAGAACAAUCAUGUAGUGAAGAUCAACCUGCUGUUAUAAUACAAGAAAUUUCUGAGGAUGAUUUUCAUGGGGUAGUUUAUAAGAUUACAUUUGCUUGUAAUUCUUCAAUUUCAUGGCCUGUGGUUUCGGGUGCAUUAGAGAAUGGAUCAAUGUGCUGUAAGAAAAUACAGAUCUUUGAGAGGAAAAAUUGUACAUUAGGAAUUCUUCAAGUUUUAGUGCAAAAUGGGCAAGAGAAGAAUUUUAAAAGUAGAAUGGAGAAUGUGUUGAAAUCGGCGUCUAAGAAGCCAAAGAUUAGUAAUAGGAAGCUUCCAUUUGGGCUUUGUGGGUGUCAAGAGGAGAAUGGGAGGAGAGAUUUUGGUGAGAUUGAGGAGGAUUUUGGGGAUCAGAGUUAUAGAAAUAGUGUUGAGCGUUCAAGUGAGAGGAUUGAGCUUUCGAUGCCUUUGUCGUGUUCUUCGAUAGUGGUAUCGGUUGAUGAAUGGCAGACUGUUACCGGAGGGGUUAAUGAGAUUGGGAAAUGGCUGUUGAAUUCCGAGAGUAUUGAUUUUGGUGAUCAGAUUGGAGUUAGCUCUUUUAAGGGGGUUUAUAAGGGUAAGAAAGUUUCGAUUGAAAAAUUGAAAGGGUGCGAUAAAGGGAAUGCAUACGAGUUUCAGCUUCGAAAAGAUUUGUUAGAGCUUAUGACUUGUGGGCAUAAGAAUUUAGUUCCGUUUUAUGGCGUAUGUGUGGAUGAAAUUCAUGGGCUUUGUGUUGUUACUAGAUUCAUGGAAGGGGGAUCAGUUCAUGAUUUGAUGUUAAAGCACAAGAAGCUUCAAAUUAAGGAUGUAAUGAGGAUUGCUGUAGAUGUUGCAGAGGCUAUAAAGUUUGUAAAUGAUCAUGGCGUUUCUUACCGAGAUUUGAAUACUCAGAGAAUCCUGUUGGACCGCCAGGGGAAUGCUUAUUUAGGGGACAUGGGAAUAGUCACUGCGUGCAAGAGCAUUGGCGAGGCUAUGGAGUAUGAGACUGAUGGUUACCGAUGGCUUGCUCCCGAGAUCAUUGCUGCUGAUCCUGAAAGUGUGAGUGAGACAUGGAUGAGUAACGUAUACAGUUUUGGGAUGAUAAUUUGGGAAAUGGUAACUGGUGAAGCUGCUUACUCUGCAUACUCACCAGUCCAGGCAGCGGUUGGUAUAGCUGCUUGUGGUCUUAGACCCGAAAUCCCUAAAGACUGCCCUCAAGUCUUGAAAUCUCUCAUGAUUAAGUGCUGGAACAAUUCCCCUUCAAAGCGGCCUCAAUUUUCCGAAAUUCUCUCUGUAUUACUACGGCCUAACAUCAGUAGUGUCAUAAACACCAGGUGAACACACUCGAAUCUUCUAUCAUAUAUAUAUAUAUAUAUAUAUUUAACUCGUAAAGUUAUUAGUCGGGAGAUUUCAUGUAAAAAAAAGCGCAUGCUUUGUCUAGUUAUAUCUCCUCAUGGAUGUAAUGCAACUUUGUAUUUCUCAAUGAUGAAUGAAAAUUAUAAUCUUGCUCUA